AUGAUCGACCCCGUCAUCACUCCGCAGCUUGUUGGCUCGUUCUUGGGUCUUUCCUUCAAGGGCUUGAGGUCCAUUGUCACUCAUGAGAAGAAUGGCGAAGACUCGAAGAAGGCGAAGCUUGAAAUGGCCUCUAGACUGCUCUCCGGGAUGGCCGAACUGCUCAACGAUCUUGGCAAGGAUCUUAACAAGGAGGAUAGGGACAAGUAUCGUACAUUCAUCGAGGACUACGGAAAAGACAUCAAGAAACUCAUGAGAAAGGUCUGGGGCGGAAAGACUGCCACAAGCAAAGUACAUAGUGAGAUUCAACUCAACCAUGCAGAGUUAUAUUCCAAGUCGACUGACAUCCGCAAAGCUCGUGAGGCAGGCCAAGCGUCAGGUCAACCCAGGUCGACGCUUACGACUAUGUCACCGCAAAACAUGCCUGAAGGGGUGUCCAAUGUCGGGCAGGGACAUGCUCCAUAUGGAAUUGGCAACAUCCAAGCUCAGGUUGUCAAUGUCAACAACAACUACUACUCGAGCCCAAGUGCAACUCAAGGCUCUCCGACACCUUCCGAGCCCGGAUCAGGUCUUUUGCCACAUGGAGGGGUGAUCUCGACGGGAUCCCCCAUUCACGACCCUGCCUCCGAGGCGCAGAUGGAACGCGGCGCGGGAUUGAUGGCCGAGAUGGAAGAGAUUCGCGGUCUGGCGAAGGUUAUGCGCUCGGGAUUUCAGUCAUCUCUAUCUCUCGAUGAGCGCGCGUCCCUUCAGAGGCGCUUUGAGGAGCUGAAAACGCGGCUUGAACACGCUAAUGCGGGUGCCAUCAAGCUGCUUGCCGAGGUGGCGAAGGAUGUGUCUGACGACGCGGCCUCCAUAGGCACCGCAAGCCUCGCCUCUGAUCAUUCUGAGGACAGCGGUGGCUCUAUUAUGAGUUUGGACUCCAACAUAUCUUCUUCGUCUGGUCACGAUAGCUAA